GUUCAAAUAUACUUUUAUUCUGUCACUGAAAAUAUCAACAUCCGGAAACAGGCUGCAGCGUGCGCCUCUUUCACUUAGUGGAUGAGAGUGAAGAUGCAUGAAGCUCCUCCAGUGACCAACAAUGUCAGCAAGAAAACACACAAACAGAGAGUGGACGCUGCAGUGCAGGGCACCAAUGACAGCAGUGUGGUCAGUAAAGUUUCCGCCGCAGCUCAGGGCUACUUUCAGGAUGACCUUCUCCAACAUUUUGUGUGCAAGGUGUCGCGACGAGCCCCUCUUAUCAACAGGGGCUACUACGUCCGCUGGCAAGCUGUUGACCACUGUGUGAAAGGGUUUCUGCGGGUUACUGAGAACUGCGCUGGAAGGCAGAUCCUGUCUCUCGGCGCAGGAUUUGACUCCCUCUACUUCCGUCUGCAUGCAGAGGGAGCUUUGGAGCGUGUCGUGGUGUUUGAGGUAGACUUCCCAGAUGUCACUAGACGCAAGGCAGCUUUGAUCAAAGGCAAUGAUCGUCUGAAAGAUGCUCUUCCGGACUGGAACCACUUGGAGCCCACUGGCCCUGUGUGUGUGAGCAGUGCUCAGUAUAAGCUGCUGGGUGUGGACGUGCGUACUGAGAGAGAGGUAGAGGAGGGUUUGAGGGUGGCUGGGCUCCAGUGGGAUCGCCCCACGCUUGUCCUCUCAGAGGUUGUGCUCACUUAUAUGGAAACCAAGUGGUCAGACGCUGUUAUUGGUUGGGCAGCAAGAUCCUUAUCACAGGCCUUAUUUGUGAUGUACGAGCAGAUUCGCCCUGACGACCCCUUUGGCCGGGUCAUGCAGAACCAUUUCCUGAAGCUUAACUCCAAAAUCCAUGCCCUCUGCCAGUACCCUGACACCUCAGCCCAAACCAAGAGAUUCCUUCAGCAGGGCUGGGAAAAAUGCACAUGCUUGGACAUGAACCAGUUCUACUUCAGUCUUCUCUCCCAGGAUGAGCAAGAAAGGGUAGAAAACAUGGAGCCCUUUGAUGAAUUUGAGGAAUGGCAUCAGAAGUGCUCUCACUACUUCAUCCUCUCAGCCUCUAAAGGCUCUCUGACCAGCUCUGCACUCCUUGAACCCCCAAAGGAGUCACCAGUUCCCUGGAUGGUUCCCAAGCUAGAGGAUUUCUCCAUUGAAGCACUGCCUUUGGCUGGGGCUCCGUGUGUGGAGGCAGUGGGGAUGGCUUCUUCUGUGCUGGAGCCUGGACUGCUGCUCCUCAGCGGGGGGUUUGGGAGAGGAGGCCGAGACACUGCAGCCAUGGUGCUGAUCAGAGAGCAGACAGAGUGGACUCGUGCUACCGUGGAACUGGAGGGAGAUAAAGGUGUGCGGCUGUACCACACACUGACCUCGGUUCCUGGAUGGGGUGCUGUGGUUACAGGAGGCAGAACAUCUCCACUUAACCCUAUUGACAGUGUACUCAAAGUUACCCAUCAUCUGAGUGACCAACCUGACUCCAGAACUGUUCUGUUGUCUGUGGAAAAGAUGGUUUGUACCGGUCAAGCUCCAAAGCCAAGGUGGCGGCAUACAGCUACUUUGCUGAAUCAUAAAGGCAAGAACUACUUGUUUGUGUUCGGAGGACGCACAGAAAAAGAGCCUGUUCUAGGUGAUGCACACUUUCUGUGUUUGGAGGACCAGCACUGGACAGAUGCAAGGGUACCUCUUGAAGGAUGCUUCCCUGAGCCUCGUCAUUCUCACUCAGCCUGUGCCUACAGAGGAGGAGUGGUGAUAUUCGGAGGCUUGGGCCGAGGAGGUGUUCCUCUGGGGGACGUUAUGUGGUUGAAUGAUUCGCCUACAGGCUUUGUGUGGAAGAAGGUGCAGUUGCGACCUGCCCUGGUACCAAGGUAUUCCCAUUCAGCUCAUGUCAUCGGUGAGAACCUGGUGGUAGUUGGUGGUGUUUGGCUUCAGGCUGAUGGUGUGCCUGGGGUUGCUGUAAUAAACUUAACCACUGGAAGCAACAUUGAAGUCACCAUUGACACAUCAUCUGUCCCCUGGCCCCUCAUGCUGCAUUCCUUCUGCUCAGAGUUGUUGGACUCGGACAGAACUGAGGUGGUACUUAUCGGUGGGGGAGGAAACUGCUUUUCCUUUGGGACCCAUCUUAAUAUCCACCCUGUUACAUUAGACCUGAGGCCUGUGCUGGGCCACUGACUCAAAACAAGGG